GGGGAAGAAAGCAAAGGUUUGCUGCCACGAUGGGUCCGCCACUGGUACAGGUUGCGCCAAUGAUUGAUGUCACGUAAGAACAGACACGACGAAACACAGACUCGUUUGCCUGCACAUGAGGGUGUGUGUGUGUGUCCUUCCUUGCCGUGCCUUCGCAGCGAUGUUCACUUCCGGAAGUUCAUGAGCCUCUUCUCCCGCCGCAGCCAACUGUGGACAGGUAGAUAGAGCAACCUCCGCUGACAGACAGACACGACAGGGGACACACAGUGACAUUUGGGUCCCUCUUUGCGCUUCAUGCCGACAGAGAUGGUCGUGGAGAAUGCUGUCCGCUACAACCUGCAUGGCCCGACCGUGCGGGACGCAAUCGGUAAGCAAACGCCGCACACAGAAGGGAACAAACAAACAGCACACGGCAAAACUAAGCUUGUACGGUGUGACUCCACAGCUCUGGCAGACAUCGAGAACCCCUCCGUGUGCCAGCUAGGCGGCAGCGACCCCGCUGCCUUGGCCGACGCCGCGUCAAUGGUCGUGCGUGAGUGGGGCUAUCGUGAGAUCAACCUCAAUGUGGGCUGCCCCAGCGACCGUGUGGCUGGCCAGGGGUGCUUCGGCGCCGCCCUCAUGAAGGAGCCAGAACUGGUGCGGGACAUCGUAAGCACCAUCAGCAGACAGGUGAGGGAGGGGGCGAGCGGGGAGGGGGUGUAGGUGGCUAUACCGUGGCUAUGUGUGCUGUCUGUGUUGCUCAGGUGGGCCCUGAGGUGACUGUGACGGUCAAGACCCGGCUGGGCGUGGAUGAGUUCGAAUCGUACGACUUCGCCAAGGGCUUUGUACAGGUAGGUCAGCAGACGCCACGCCCUCCCGGUGCCAUGCCGUGUCAAAGCUUUGUGUGUCCACGUUUGUGUCAAUGUGUGUGUGUUGCCGACAGACGGUGUCCGAGGGCGGUUGUCGUCACUUUAUCAUCCAUGCCCGCAAGGCGUGGCUCAGCGGCCUCGACCCACACCAGAACCGGACCAUUCCGCCACUGCACUACGACAGGGUGUAUCGCUUGGCCCGCGACUUUCCUCACAUUGACUUCACUCUCAACGGAGGCAUCACCUCACUCGACAUGGUAUGGUCGGUCCGUUGGCCGGCCACACAUGCACUGCACGCCCCACCAACACGCACACAGCGUCUUGUUCUCCCUCUGGCUGGCCAUUUCUAGGCUGAGGACGCCCUGCACGGCCGGUGGCGGAGCGCCACUCCCCCGCCGGAUGAAGAGGAGAUGCUGAUGCAGGAGCUGCACAAGAUGCGGGGGCCGCGGCCGCUGCGGGGCGUCAUGAUGGGGCGGGCGCCGCUCAACAACCCCUGUGUCAUGGCAGAUGUCGAUCGCCGCUUCUAUGGCGAGCUCAACCCACCCACCACCAAGUCACGCAGAGUGCUGCUCGAGGCAAGCUGACAGCACACACCCACCACAGACAGACAGACAGACAGACAGACCGACAGACACAGAGACGCAUAUUGCCUUCGUGUGCAGGCGUAUCUUGAUUGGGUCGAUCGCGAGUACCCCGAGUGUCUGGGUGUGUAUGGCCUUCACUGGAGGGUCAUCAAACCAAUUAUCGGUCGGUCAAUCACACACCGCCCACAAAACCAUUAUGUGUCUCAUCACAUCCGUCCGUCGUGCAUCUUUCUCCCUGCCAGGCAUCUUUGCUGGCCAGUCGGGCCACAGGACCUUCCGCUACCACAUCGACGUCAUAUCUCGCGGCGAGAGCGACCGCCUCAGCGCCUCAGAGAUCAUCCGCAAGGCCAUGGACAUUGUCGACGACCACUCGCCCCAUGUCCUGGACCAGCCCAUAGUCGACCCUGGGGCCCCCGCCCUCCCCCUCCCCCUACGCCCAACCAAUGGCAAGAACCGCGCCGCCCAGGCGGACGAAUGGGAGAUCGACGAGGUGGCGGCCAUCCUUGCCAAGGGGCCGAUGAAGAUCCGGCGCAACGCCCCUGACUUCCUCUCCAAGGCUUCGCAGAAGAAGCGGGAACACGAGAGGCGGAAGAUGUUCCGGGAAGGCAAGCUCAGCGGCCUCGCUGAGACGGAAACGAUGCAGGAGAGCACGGUGUGUGAGUGUGUGUGGGAGAUAGAGGGGGAGAGGGACUUUAAUGGUGAGAGUGAGGUGAGGACGGUGGGGUGUCAGUUCGGUCGGCCGAUGAGUGGUGUGGAUGGGUGUGGGGUGCCGGGAGAUGAGCUGGACAGCCCUGCGUCGAGCAGCAGUGGGUGCGGCACCGACACAGGUAGUGGCUCGACCCGCACCAAGGCGGGGGGGACAGAAGGGGAGGAGUUUUGACGCCAUAUAUUGACUACUACGUGUGAGGUGUGUGUUCGGGGUGAAUCUGUACAGCGUGAUGGCAUGUGUGAUAGACAGACAUCUGUGCCGUGCGUGCAAUACGUGUGUCGACCGUUCGACCAGGGACUCGGAGAAAUCAAUCUUGCAUCGCA